CAAAGCCGUAAAAUACGUAAUCCCCCUCCCAGAUUGAAGGCAGGUGAUUAUAAAAACAAUUAUAGGUCUUAAAGCUCAUUUUAUCGAGAUAGCCUAUAUUUCUUGGCAUGCAAUCUUCUUUUCAAUCUACUGAAGAAGCACUCAUCCCAUGUCUGCAUCAGUAAAAGAAGAAUUGCCUAUUUUGACCUCUGUGUGACAUCAGUCUCAAGUGGGCUGAUCAAACACCUGGAGAUCGGAGUCGAAGGGAAACCCUGUAGCAAAAUGUUUUUGAGGGCUUUGAAGAUGAGAAAAAGCGAGAAAAAGUUGAAAUGAAAAGUGAAAUGAUUUGCAGGACAUUUGGUAAAAGAUAUAUAUGAAUCAUUUCACUCAGUUUGACAGAGUUUUGACCUUUCUUUGGAUUUAAAUGGUUGUGGAGGAAAGAUGAAUGCCAUCCAGGUGAUUUCCCUGACGCUGCUGUCCGUUCUGGCAGCCAAUGCUCAGGUCAUCAUGCCAGGAAGAUGCCCCAAGCCUGCUGUUCAGGAGAACUUUGAUGCUGCAAGGUAUCUCGGUACGUGGUACGAUAUCCAGAGACUGCCGCAUGCCUUCCAGAAGGGCGAAUGCAGCACCGCCACUUACAGCCUGUUGAGCCCUGGAGUUGUUGGUGUCCUCAACAGAGAGCUGCUUGCUGAUGGGACCAUUAACUCCAUCAGUGGCUCUGCAGCGGCUAAAGACCCCUCUGAGCCUGCCAAGCUCCUGGUCUCCUUCUUUGAGAACUCUCCCGCUGCCCCUUACUGGGUUCUGUCCACUGACUACGACAACUACUCUCUGGUCUACAGCUGCACCGACCUCGGUGUGCUACACGUGGAGUUCGCCUGGAUCAUGAGCAGGCAGCCAACUCUCCCUGAGGAGACCAUUGAGGAGCUGCACCGCACUCUGUCCUCCAUCGGAGUCAGAGUGGACAAGCUGCUCACCACCAACCAGGAUGCAGAUUACUGCAGCGCCAUGAACCAGUAAACGGACUAUGACAGUCUGGAUUUAGCCUACAGACUGCUGUGUCCUAUGCAUUGUGAUUGCACACAUUAUACAUCUCACUGUAUGCCUAAUGCAAGGUCAAGGCAAUAAAGUUGG